AUGUCCACCAACGCGCCUCCACCCAAGGCACACCCAGGAAUCGUCAAUACGGGCUCGCGUCCAUAUCGCUCUCACAAAGUGAGGGCAUGCGAUCUGUGUCGCAAAAGGAAGUCUCGGUGUACUGUCGAUAUACCUGGGCAGUCGUGCGUCCUUUGUCGGAUUCAAGGCGCCGACUGUCAUUACCAAGAGGAUUCUAUGCCAGAGGAUUCACAAAUCAUCGGCUCUGAUAAACACAGUUCAGCGUCACCGUCUCUUACUAGUCACAAGCGCAAGCGGGGCCCUGAAAUCGUUGAGAAAGGCAUCGACAGCUAUGAGAACCCAUCGUCCGGAAAGGCCAAUGGGUCUUCAUCGUUUACGGUUCCCAAUGAAAGUCGCGACAGUGAGCGCUCGCGUCGAAAGACGGAGGAUCCUCAUAACGAAUCAGUCCUUAUCGUGGGCCCCGUCGCAGCCGAGGACGCCCAAGUAAUCGAAAAGUUUAUGCCCUCAGAGCAGUCAAAUAAAUCUGUGGAGAAGGGGCAAAAGCCAUAUAACGUAUAUUCGAAUGAUCCACGGAAGCCGAUUCUUUAUACCACCGUGUCACGGCGACGACAGGGGAUGCGCCUGGGAUCCCCUCCGGGCGAGAAUCAGAAAGAGAUACUGGAGCACCUACUUGGCCCCUUUAAACAGGAUUUAGUACGACUUUUUCUCGACAGAUUCAAUGUGGCAUUUCCUAUCUUUGACGGUCACGCCUUUUGGGAGGCCUACAUUUCUGAGUUAGAUAAUGAACCUCCAACGACUCUUCUGUGUCAUGUAUAUGCAAUGUCAUUGGUCUACUGGAAACAUACGCCUAAACUCGCUCGGCAUCCGAAGCCCGAUGUUCGAUAUGCUAUCAACCUAACGGUGGCAGCGUUGCACGAAGACUAUUCGGCUCCUGGGCUUUCGACAGUGAGUGCAGCAUUACUUGAUUUGACGGGACGACCUAUCUUCUCUAUGACCGGAAAUGCAAUUAGCUGCGGGCGGCUAGUAUCCCUUGCGCACUGUUUAGGUCUUAACAGAGACCCCAGCAAUUGGCGAGUCCCUCUCGCCGACAAAAAGCAACGGAUCCGCCUGUGGUGGGGGGUCGUUAUUCAGGAUCGGUGGGGAAGCUUUGGGCACGGUGUGCCUCCUCAGAUUUCAAAGAGUCAAUACGAUGUUCCCCUACCAAGCGUCGAAGUUCUAGUGACUCAACCAAGGGCAACAUCCCAACACAUACGGGCUGCACAUUGCCAUAUUGCUCUGUGCCGUCUAACGGAAAUAUUGGGUGAACUGCUGCCGCUUGUCUACCAACUCCAGACGAAACCCGGUCGAGAAACAUCAAAGAGACUCAGGCAUAUCCGGAAUGAUCUUGACACGUGGGAGGAUUCGCUACCAGAGUGGCUACGGGCUCCAGUGUCCGAUGUCGAAAACCCAGUCAGCGGAGCAAGCAGCUUGCAUCUGGCCUUUCUGGCCAUGAAGAUGCUUGUGUGCCGCGUGGAAUUACAUGAGGUGAAUAGCACGGAAACCGAUAAUCCCGAGGCUCGUCGUUACUUCCAAACUGAGUGCCGAAAAGCAGCAGAGGAUAUCGUUCAUUUCAUGUGCUCAUUGCAACCUGCCAACUUUAGAGAAUUCUGGUUGCCAUACAGCGCAUUUCACCUUACUUCGACAGCAACAUUACUUGUCCGUUGUGCAUUAGAAACAACAGAUCAAGAAAUUACUCGCUCUUGCUUGACAAAUGUCGACAAUCUACGCUCCCUUUUACGACGGGUCCGGGACGAAGAAGACUGGGAUGUGGCCGAUAUGUGCCUUGAUCAUUGUGAACGGAUCCUCUCCAAACAUCCAGAGAUAAGCAACAUGGCCACCGGUGGUGCCAUUGGUCACCCAGAAGACCAUGCAAUCCACGCCGGACCUGUGGAUGAAACGCUAUCCAUGACACCUGCGGCCAUUAUUCUGCCCGAGACUACAACAAACAAUGACAUUGUAGAUGACAUGAUGUCAAUCUCGGGGACUUUUGGGACCAUGGAUGGCUUUCCUUUCGAUAUGACUGGUAUCUGGGAUGUCUCUGGAUUUCAAGACGUAAAUUUUACUUGA